AUGCGUCUGUUUCUGCUCGCCGUUUUCUUCUCGUGCUCCUGCGUGCGGGGCGGCUGCGAACCAAAGAUUGUGAACAUUGGGGCCGUGCUCAGUCAAAAAAGAUAUGAGCAAGUGUUCAAGGAUGCUGUCACGCAAGCCAACCAGAUUUACGGCAGGGAAAAAUUCAAGCUGACAGCAAUUUCUGUCACCCAUAAGCCCAACGCUAUUCAAAUGGCGCUUUCCGUCUGCGAGGACCUCAUAUCAAGCCAGGUCUAUGCCAUCCUGGUGAGUCACCCUCCGCAGUCCAACGAUCACCUCACGCCGACCCCAGUGUCCUACACGGCCGGCUUCUACCGCAUCCCCGUGGUGGGCCUCACCACACGCAUGUCCAUCUACUCUGACAAGAGCAUCCACUUGUCGUUCUUGCGCACUGUACCCCCCUACUCCCACCAAGCUCACGUGUGGUUCGACAUGAUGCGUGAGUUCCACUGGAACCACAUCAUCCUGAUCGUCAGUGAUGACCAUGAGGGCCGAGCCGCCCAGAAGAGACUGGAGACACUCCUGGAAGAACGGGAGACCAAGAAUAAAAAAAGGAACUAUGAAAACCUCGACCAACUGUCCUAUGACAACAAGCGAGGACCUAAGGCAGAGAAAGUGCUCCAAUUCAACCAGGAGACUAACUUAACUGCCCUGCUGCUGGAGGCCAAGGAGCUGGAAGCACGCGUCAUCAUCUUGUCAGCCAGCGAAGAGGAUGCUGCAUCAGUUUACAAGGCCGCGCGCUUUCUGAACAUGACAGGCUCUGGCUACGUGUGGCUGGUGGGCGAACGAGAGAUGUCCGGUAAAGCGUUAAGCGAGGCGCCAGACGGUCUCAUUGGCCUCCAGCUCAUCAACGGGAAAAAUGAGUCUGCGCACAUUAACGAUGCGGUGGCCGUGGUGGCCCAGUCCAUCCAGGAGCUGUUUGAGAAGGAAAACAUCACUGAGCCGCCGCGAGGCUGCGUGGGCAACACCAACAUCUGGAAGACAGGGCCUCUCUUCAAAAGGGUACUGAUGUCAUCAAAAUACCCAGAGGGCCUCACAGGACGGGUAGAGUUUAAUGACGACGGUGACAGGAAGUAUGCUCAUUACAGCAUCCUGAACUACCAGAAGGCAAGACUUAUUCAAGUUGGCAUCUACAACGGGACUCAGGUGGUUUUGAACAAGCAAAGGAAGAUCAUAUGGCCUGGAGGACAAACAGAGACACCAAGGGGUUUUCAAAUGUCAACUCGACUAAAGAUAGUGACUAUACACCAGGAGCCUUUUGUGUAUGUGAAACCGACGUCCAUGGAGGACGGAACAUGCACAGAGGAGUUUACACCUAACGGAGUCUUAAUCAAAAAGGUGAUCUGCACUGGGCCGAAUGAGACCAUCCCAGGACGCCCAAUUGUUCCUCAGUGUUGCUAUGGCUUCUGCAUUGACCUUCUGAUUAAGCUGGCAAUGACCAUGAACUUUACCUAUGAGGUGCACCUGGUAGCAGAUGGUAAAUUUGGAACACAGGAAAGGGUGAACAACAGCAACAAGAAGGAGUGGAAUGGGAUGAUGGGCGAACUGUUGGGUGGUCUGGCCGACAUGAUUGUCGCCCCGCUGACAAUAAACAACGAACGAGCCCAGUACAUAGAGUUCUCCAAGCCAUUUAAGUACCAGGGCCUUACCAUUCUCGUCAAAAAGGAAAUACCUCGCAGUACACUGGAUUCGUUCAUGCAGCCCUUUCAGAGCACACUGUGGCUGUUGGUGGGUCUAUCGGUGCAUGUGGUGGCGGUGAUGCUUUACCUACUAGACCGGUUCAGUCCAUUUGGGAGGUUUAAAGUAAACAGCGAAGAAGAGGAAGAAGAUGCCCUCACGUUAUCAUCAGCCAUGUGGUUCUCCUGGGGAGUACUACUGAACUCUGGGAUUGGAGAAGGCGCGCCCCGCAGUUUCUCCGCCCGAAUCCUUGGCAUGGUGUGGGCAGGCUUCGCCAUGAUCAUUGUGGCAUCAUACACUGCCAACCUGGCUGCCUUCCUGGUGCUGGACCGGCCUGAGGAGCGCAUCACCGGCAUCAAUGACCCAAGGCUGAGGAACCCAUCAGACAAGUUCAUCUACGCCACGGUGAAACAGAGCUCUGUGGACAUCUACUUUCGGCGGCAGGUGGAGCUUAGUACCAUGUACCGCCACAUGGAGAAGCACAACUAUGAGAGCGCCGCCGAAGCCAUCCAGGCUGUGCGGGACAACAAGCUGCAUGCUUUCAUCUGGGACUCUGCGGUGCUGGAGUUUGAAGCCUCGCAGAAGUGCGACCUGGUGACCACGGGAGAGCUGUUUUUCCGUUCGGGCUUUGGCAUAGGCAUGCGCAAGGACAGCCCUUGGAAACAGAAUGUGUCCCUGGCAAUCCUCAGUUCCCAUGAAAACGGCUUCAUGGAAGACCUAGAUAAAACCUGGGUGAGAUACCAGGAGUGUGACUCUCGGAGCAAUGCCCCAGCCACACUCACCUUUGAGAAUAUGGCAGGCGUAUUCAUGUUGGUGGCUGGUGGCAUUGCGGCGGGGAUCUUCCUCAUCUUCAUAGAGAUCGCUUACAAGCGCCACAAAGACGCCCGCAAGAAGCAGAUGCAGCUGGCCUUCGCGGCCGUCAAUGUGUGGAGGAAGAACCUGCAGGACAAUAAGGAACCUUCUGGAAGUCAAGUGGUGGGGGCAGCAGCAACACCAUCUUUACCCUCCUCUUCCGUAGAGACUCAGGAUGAUAGAAAAAGUGGUAGAGCAGAGCCUGACCCCAAAAAGAAAGCCUCUUUUAGGUCCAUCAGUACCUCCCUGGCUUCCAGCAUCAAGCGACGUAGGGCCUCCAAAGAUACGCAGUACCCACCCACAGACAUCACCGGGCAGCUCAACCUUUCUGACCCGUCCGUGAGCACGGUGGUUUAAAGAGCGAGAGUGAAAGACAGAGAGAGAGAGAGAAAGAGAGAGAGAGCAACCAAGGAGGAAGAAGAGAUAUUCAAUCCAGUCCAACAGAGAAAGAAAAAGAAUGAAAGAAUGAGAGAGAAAGAGAGAGAUACAUCAAAAGAGAUGGAAAGCAGGAAGGGAUGAUCUGAAGGCCCAUUCUAAUCUCCAUGUUAUCGUCUGACGGAUCAGUCCCAACCUGAAAACUGAUGCCAACCUCAACUCUAAACCUGCAAGAACAACCCCCAUGCACUCUAGAGAGUAGGCAUAAGAA